UUGUGUGUCUGAACACUGGCGAGGGACUUGACAACUCCAUAUUUAGCAACUCAGGAGUCACACAAAGAUGUUUCCUGCAGCACAGAUGCUCUUUGCUCUGAGUAGCUUCCUAAGAUUGACAAUGGGUUUUGACAUUGGAUUAUCCACUAAGUGUGUAGCAAUACCUAUGGAGAUGGGCAUGUGCCACAGCAUUGGUUAUUCUGAAAUGAGGCUUCCCAACCUGAUGGGACACACAAGUAUGGCAGAGGUUAUUCCAAAAUCUGCUGAAUGGCACCACUUUGUGGAAACUGGCUGCCACCCUCAUGCAAGGACAUUCUUGUGCUCUCUGUUUGCGCCAGUCUGUUUAGAUACCUUCAUCCAUCCUUGUAGGAGUAUGUGUGUCGCUGUUCGUGACAGCUGUGCUCCUCUGCUCCUCUGCCAUGGACUGUCUUGGCCUGACAGUUUGGACUGUGAUCGUUUCCCUGCUGAUGAGGACAUGUGUCUAGCAUCUCUUAGCAAAGAAUACAAACAUAUUCAUAAAGAAUUGCCAAAGCCUAUAUGCCAGACCUGCCCAGCAGUGGAGGAAUUCUUUACACAGAAAAGAGUACUAGAUGUUUUCUGUGCCAACAACUUUGCAAUGGCUUCAGGAACAGCUUUGAUUUACGAUGAUGAAAUGACAAGUUGCAAACUACUUUGGGAUGACCCUGAGUGUGAUAUCGAAGUGCCGGAAAGAUUGUUAUCCUCCUAUGAGCAACUUAAACAUUAUCAUCUUGUGGAAAGAUGUAUCCAUGUACCUGUCAGGGAAGGAACUGAAGAAGAAAUUAUGUUGGUUCACAGUUCAGAAUACUUGGAAGUUGUAAAGAGCACCCAGACAAUGAAUGAAGAAGAACUCCGAAGAGUCUCAGAAAAUUAUGAUGCUGUUUACUUUCAUCCGAAUACUUACCGCUGUGCUAAGCUAGCAGUAGGAGCAACUUUGCAACUGGUGGACUCUGUGAUAUCAGGAAAAGUGCGCAAUGGAAUGGCAUUAGUAAGGCCUCCAGGUCAUCACAGCCAGCGAAAUGCAGCCAAUGGAUUCUGUGUGUUCAAUAAUGUUGCUAUUGCAGCUCAAUAUGCCAAAAGACAAUAUGGUCUUCAGAGAAUUCUCAUUGUUGACUGGGAUGUGCACCAUGGGCAAGGAAUUCAAUAUGUAUUUGAAGAGGAUCCCAGUGUUCUCUAUUACUCCUGGCAUCGCUAUGAACAUCAGCAAUUCUGGCCCUUGCUCAGAGAAUCUGAUUAUGAUGCUGUUGGUCAGGGAAAAGGAAAGGGAUUCAAUUUAAAUGUACCUUGGAAUAAGGUUGGAAUGGGGAAUUCCGAUUAUCUAGCUACAUUUUUCCAUGUGUUGCUUCCAGUUGCUUUUGAGUUUGUUCCAGAACUUAUUCUGGUCUCUUCUGGAUAUGAUUCAGGAAUUGGUGACCCUGAGGGUCAGAUGAAUGCUACUCCGGAGUGUUUUGCUCACCUUACACAUUUCCUAAUGCAGUUAGCUAAUGGAAGGGUGUGUGCAGUUCUAGAGGGUGGAUACCAUUUGAAAUCAUUGUCUGAAUCAGUCUGCAUGACUGUAAAAACUUUGCUUAGAGACCCUCUCCCCCAGAUCUCUGGAGAAAUGGCACCAUGCUUAAGUGCUGUUGAGUCUAUACAAAAUGUGAGAGCUGCACAUAAACCAUACUGGAAAUGUUUGAUGUAUGAAGAAGCAACUCCUUUACACAAUCUUAGCACCAAAUCACAACAGAUGAUGGAGGCUGAGCUAAUUCAAACUAGUACACAUCCCACAGCAAAGCAAGCGGUUGGGACAACUAACAGUGAUGAAGCCAUCAAAACAGACCGGUUUUUGGAAUCACACAUGAAAAAAAUUCUCUUUCCAGUGCCUCCUGUUAAAACAGCAGCAGCAAUUGUCUCUAAAGCUGAUGCACAUUUGCUACCAAUAUCUGUUCAAGUGGAGAUGGAAAUGAAUGCACAAGAACUGAAAACUCUCGUCAGUGCAUUUGAUGCGGAACUUGUGAAGGAAGAGAAAGCUUUACUCUCUCUUCAGAAUGUGCUGGCUGUCCUAGAUAAAAUACUAAAGAAAAAGGUGUGCAAUGGAAUUGCAGAAUCAUCUGUGGCUUCUGUUUCUACUACCUUUGCACUAAAGCACUGCUUUGAUUUUGGAUUACAAAGAGUGCUCUGCAUAGUUGUUGGAGACAUGGAUCUUGAACUCGACUUAGAUGACGGGUAAGGUUUUCCAUUAAUUUCAGGAUCAGAGGAUCAUUUAUAAAUGAUUCUAGGUGCACAUAUGUCUGAGGAAACUUGCAUUAAAUGACUACCCAAGCCCCCAAUAAACAUUAGUUGUUUAAUGGAGUUGAUCACCUAAUAAAGUUGGGGCAGAAUUGUACUCAGUAUGUUUAGGGAUAUUUUGGGAUGGUCUCUAAAGACAGAAGGUUGCCUUAUAAGGCUUGUCUCACGUAGGUUUUGCUGUAGGUUUAAAGUAUAAUCCUUUUCGAUAUUAUUGAAAAUUGAGAUUGAAAUGACAGGCUAUUUAAAAAAGGAUCUAAAAGAGAGCAAUAUGUGAUAAAAGGUAUUGCUGUUAAUCACAGGUACUUUAUUUAAGUCACUAAGAGCCCAGCACAGAUGAAUGUGAUGGUGGGGGGAGGGCGCAAAAUAUCUUCUGCGUUCCCAAUCAUGUGCCCCUUCACAAGGGCCAGAUAUGCUCCCAGUCCUUGUCUAAGGUAAUGCCACCUCCAGGCUGGAACAACAGUGAAACUAGCAUCAACAAAGGGUCAGACCAUUGUCAUGCCCUCUUGAACAGCCAAUAGAACCAGCGCCAUGUUUAUGAACUAUAUGGUGCAUGCUGUAAAAGAGGUAGCAAGGGUAGUCUUGCCCAUGCUCAUCUAGAGCCCUAGACUCAAUGGGUCUCUAUGCUGUUCUCUAGAUCUGCAUGGGGAGAGAGCAAGGAGAGGCAUGCAUACAUCAUUUCCCACCCAGCUCUGCGGUUUAUCAAAAAAUGUCUAUAAUAUCUUUUCCUUGGAGGUCUCUCCAUGGCUUGGACCCCUCUUUGAGGGGGUUCUCUAGUCAGCCAUGAGGAAUGGAAAGAUACCGGGGCACAGAACGGCUGCAGAGACACAAGACCUCCCUGCUGCUGGCCCUGGUCCACCAGUGUUCCCCACAGGAUCCAUGUG